AUGAAUCAAUCGUUCGUUUCGUUGAACAAACUACACCUCCUUGAGCUACAAUAUGCAGAUGAAAUAAAGGCGCUUGAACCUCCUCAUACUUAUGUCCCAUGGGUCGUCCUAGAUGGACAACCGCUUUAUGAUGAUUAUGUGGAUAUCAUAAGCUUAAUUUGUAAAGCUUAUAAAGGCUCUAAAACACCCCAAGCUUGCCAUGGUUUAUCCCUUCCUGUUACCAAACAUAAGGACACAGAUAACAAUUUGGAUAAUAAGCUUCGUGGGUGCAUGAUGUUGGCAUGGUUGAAUCUAUGUAGGAUUAUGGAAUAAAGUAAAAAAGGCAAAUUACUUAAGUGGUUAAAAUUAUCAAAGUGACCGUUUCUUUUGGAUAUUCUAGUUUUUACUAUAUAAGUGGAAACAUUUUAGCAUUUAAAUGGGUCUAAUAUGAGGUUGGAAGCAUGUUUGUACAAAAAUUGAUGAAUACUUAUAAGUUAGAGUAAAUUACACGAUUUGUCCCUGAUGCAAGUGUCAAAUUGCGCGUUUGAUCCCAAUUUUCAAAAAUUAAAU